AACUUCUGUCAACAACUGGAAUGUAUUAGGAAGAAAUAUGGGCAAAUUAGGAGCCAGGGGGACAGUGCAACUUGGGAUACGGUAACUGGUGGCUCGGCCUGGCUCUUAACAGGACUCCUGGAGAACAUGCAGGAUGGAAAGAAGCAGGCCGAAGUCGCGGCACACUGCAAGCGCAGCAAUUGGGCGAAUGACGCCCAUGGGGACGCCAACAGAACUGCUUGCAAACUCGUCGCAGCGGGGCUGCAACAUAUUUCGAGCAUUCAGCGGACUUACAAGGACCCUGAUAAUGUAAACCCUUUCGACCAUCAGGACAUUCAUCAAUUCGUAUCUUGUUUAAUGUUAAACAUUGUUGUAAGAGAAAUGAAAAAAAGAAGUGUAAUUUGUGAUAUAGACGAAGGAAUAAAGGAGGGUUCCGGAGCAUGGAAAAGUAUUAAAGAAACUCAUUGCAAGAAUCAACCUUGCAUUCAGUGCAAUUUGGACGACUUCGAGAAAUAUGAUGAUUGUCCCAUUGGCAAUGGCCUAAACCGAAGUGUCAAUGUAAAGAAUAAAUUGACUUCAUUAAUUACUAAGGACAAUAAGACCAAAGUGGAAGGUACCCUCAAGGAAUUACUCAAAACAGACAAAUCCGACACACUAUGUCCCCGUCUCCAAUGUUUAGCAUCAAAAGUGAAGAUGGCGAACCAAGAG